ACUGGUCGACUGUUUCCGUUUUCAUCGAAGAAAGGCGCCCAUAACGUUGCUAAUUGUGGAAAAUGAAUAGAAAUGGUGUGAUUUUUAUGGAAAUCUGAAGAAAUGCGUUCUCCGCGUGAAUUAAGAGAACCCUGUUUAUUUGUGGUGGUCUAAGAUACAAUAACAUCUUUCAACAUGGUUCGAGAACAGAAAUGCAUUCUUUGUGAAACGGUCUACAGCUCCAAACAGGAGAUGGAGGAGCACAUGAGGAGUAUGCUGCACCACAGGGAGCUGGAGAAUCUGAAAGGCCGGGACUGUGGACACGAGUGCCGGGUCUGCGGCGUAACUGAGGUGAGCCUGACCGACUAUGCCAGUCACAUCUCCAGCCCUUCACAUAAACAGUGCAUUGAGGAUCAGAAGCACCAGCCCUCAAACGAAGACCAAGAUGAAGACUACUUUGACAAGGACAUUGUGCAGCUCAUCGAGAAACGCAAGGAAAUGAUCAGGAAAGAAGAGGCUUCUGCAAUGCUUGCUAAAGAAGAGCGGGACAACUCAAGAAGGUGGCAGGAGCUUCGGACUCAGUGGCAGGGGGCAAGGCCUUUGAUGUACCAGCAGUGUGGCCCUUGGGACCGACCCUAUCCUAACUUUCCUCAGAUGCCCAAAAGGGGCAGGGGCUCUAAUUGGCAGAAUUUAAGAUUUUCAUCCCCUGACCGCAACAAAUGGUUUAACCUUAACCGACAGGCUAGGUGUGCCACAUGGCAUGCUGAAGGACCACCUGACUUGCAGAAGUGGGGCUCUGUUGGUCGUCAGGGAGGGAGUUUGCACAACCAAGGAAACUUCUGGAGUGGUAGACAAGGUGGCUAUGGAGUCUGCCCUCCACAUCUGAGAAAGCAAUUUCCCUGGAACAACAAUCAGUUUAAUGCCCCUUGGCAGGGACAGUAUAUGCCACCACCUAGGCACUAUAAAUCAUCUGCAAAAGACCAUAAAAAAACACCAAACUGCUCUGAGAAUCAGACAAAGGGUGAACAGAGUGUAGAAGAGUCUGGUGGUGAUCACGAUCCCAACAAAGGAAAGGGUCAGAAGUCAGAGAAGGCACAUCGAUGGGCACCUUAUCCACCAGCUAAACUUGGGGAUGCUUCAUCUCUGACUAACCUUCAGCAAAUUUUAGAUAAGUCUAAUGUGGAAUCUCCUGAAAACGUUAUGACACAAAGUUUCAAUGAGGCCACUCAGGACAUAGUGAUGAAAUCCAAGACAGACCGAAUAAAUUGGCAGGAUAAUCCCACAGAACCUAACUGUGAAGAGAGUGUGUGCAGGGAGCAGAAGAGUGCCUUCAAGAACAUUGGCAGUACUAAUAAAGAUAGUUUCGCCCACCCCUCCACCUCCACCACUAGAAGAACAGAGAUACCCAGCAAGCUUGCAGGAAGUCAAGACUCUAUCAGCGCUAAAGGAUCUAAGCAUUCCCAUUCAAGUUCUGAAUUCCCAGAUCAUGCUACUUUCAAUGCAGACCAAGACCGUCUGCUGUCAGAGAUGCUGCGAAAAGCUAAAGAGACAUUGCUUAACAGAAAUAACUCUUUUGAUGUAUGUUGCCCAGAGAACAGCCUCAAAGAAUCAAAAUCUGUGCCUCAGGUUAAUAAAAAAGUUGAGAAUUUAGAACUAAACAAGAAUCAAGAAUUACAUGAGAGUACGAAAAAACUGAGCAAGAACAAGAGUCAAGAAAGGCUGGGUUUUGUAAGACGUAUUAGCAAUGAACAAGAGCAUUUAACCAGCACAGACAAAUCAGUACAGAUUGGCAAUGUGCGCAAUGACACUAGGCCAUCUCUGCAGUCCUUGCAUGUUAGUACCUCUACUAUGGACCAUGACGAUGACGAGGAGUGUGUUGAAAUGGAAGAAAAUCCUCACCUACAGGUACAAGAUCAAGUCAUGGACAUACUAGAUGAAGAUUUAUACUCCGUUGGUGAGGAGUCCCACAGCAGCCCAUCCCAACAAACAGCAGGUGGCUCCGUGCCCUCUUUAAGUAAGCUUGCCUUGCCUGCUUGUCUCCAAAGGGAUUUGAACCGCCAUAUUGGAACCAAAGGCAAAGCAGCAUCCCAUGAACCCAACUUGAAUAUUGCCAGACGAAUUAGGAAUGUAAGUGGCACGCGAAAGAACGAGCCUGAGAAGGAUUUAGGACUGAAACCCACCUUGCGGCAGCUCAUUAGCACCUCUGGCUCCAGGCGGAAUGUCAACUGGGACCAGGUCUACCAGGAAGUCAACCGGAAGAAGCAAGGCAAGGGCUUACCAAGAUUUGGCAUAGAAAUGGUGCCCUGUGAACCCGAGGGUCUGAACCAAAUGGAUGAAAAUGAUGUACCUCUUUCUGAGGGCUUUCAUUGGGAUUCUCUGUUUGACCUCAGUCCAGUGCCUUCCCGCAAGCGUAGCUUGUCUGAAAGCAAUGUGGUCAAAGAUGGCCCUGCUGGUACCAGCUCCCUUCCUAAAGGUGUAGACCCAAUGAAAGACUCUACUGCUUGUGGCCCCUCACAGCAACCAAUGAGAGAAGAGCUGCAGUUCAAAGGUCAUCUGGAGAUUCAAGCUUCAAAAGGGCCUUCUAAUGGCCCAGAGGAUGCUGAAGGAGACAGUGGUUGUACAUCAGAGAUUGAACAGAUUGACAUGCAAGCAGCUGGGAAGAAACGCAGAGCUCCUGGGGAUGCUUUGACUCCAGAGAUUCCUAACGAAGAUAGGAAAAACAAGAGGCAAAAAAUUAAGUCUAAGAAAGAGCGCUCUCAAGUGGAUCAGUUGCUGGCUGUAUCUCUACGUGAGGAGGAGCUUAAUAACUCACUUCAGGCAGUGGAUAACAGUCUUAUUCAGGCACGUGCUGCCCUGCAAGCUGCCUAUUUGGAAGUACAGCGACUGCUUAUGGUGAAACAACAGGUUAUCGGUGAGAUGAACUCUUUGAGAACCCAGCGGAUUGAAAUUCUUCAAGGAAUGCAAGGCGAAUUUGAGCCAAAAGAAAAAGAGAGGAACAGUGAGAUCUUAAGCUCUGUUCUCCCAGCAACAGCUGCCCAAUCAUCCUCUUCAACCUCCUCACUGCCUGUUACCAUCAAACAAGAGCCCAUUGCUCAAUGUAACCCCAUUCCUGAGCCUAACCUUAUCAAAUCCCCCUUCCCAGGACCUCAAAAUACCACACCCGUCCAAACAGAGUUUGCAUCUUGUCAAACAGGACCACAGAAUACCACACCUGUCCAAACAGAGUUUGCAGCUUGUCAAACAGAUACCUUCAAAUACAACCUGGAGUCUUCACCUGACGCCACAAGCAUGGAUUUAACGGCAGCUCCCUCAGAUCACAGAAUAGAGCCGUCACCCAACAAAAAAAUUCAUCAAAAUUCUCUAGAGGGGUUUGCCAAACCUUCUUCCCAACUCUCUUCCAAGCCGCUGUCUCCCUCAAACCACAUAGAAACUGAUCCAGUUAAGCGUGUUCGAAAACUGAAGAAGAAAAAGUGUCUUAAGAAAGCAAAGGGGAAUGAGCAGCCUGAAAUCAGUGAAUCAGAGCUUGACGCGGAGCAGCCCGCUGCUCGACCUGCCCGCAAGUACAGACCUAAUCGGCGAUCCAGCAGAACCUAUGCCUCAGCCCCCACACCAGAAGAGAAAAAUGAAAAUGAGGAGAUGGUGGUGACCGAAGCUUCAAAGGCACAACCACCGGGAAUCAAGCUAUCAACACCACCAAUGAAGGAAGCUCACUCUGAUUCAUCUGAACUGGAAAUGGUGGAGCUUCCCCCACCUGUGCCCACUGAUUUUGUCAAUCUAGAUUCUUCAGACCAAGAUGAGAUGCCUGAAAAGAAGGCAGAGGAGUCGGCCAAGGAGUCGGCCAAGGAGUCGGCCAAAGAGUCGGCCAAAGAGUCGGCCACUGCACACUCAACAGACCGUGCCAUCACAGACCCCCAAAAUCUUGCCUGCAAUGAGGUCACCUCCACUAGUGAAAUUGAUACUAGCAGUUCAGUCAAGGCUUGUGACAGUGUAAUAAAAUCAGCCUCAACAGUGUUGCAUUCAGCAGAUAUUUCAAAUCCAGGGGAGGAGGAUGUGCCAACUGAAGGAGAGUUUGAAGGUCAUCAAGAGGCCGUUAAUGGCAUGCAGAUCCAUAACGGACUGCUGUAUACUUGCUCAGGGGACCGCACUAUACGUGCUUUCAACUUGAUAAGCCGGAAGUGUGUGGCUGUGUAUGAAGGUCACAGCAGUAAAGUGAAUUGCCUGUUGGUGUCAAGUGGAGGAGGCCUGCAACAACGCCUGUACUCGGGAUCAAGUGACCAGACCAUCCGCUGUUACAACCUCAAGACAACAGAAUGUCAGGAACAGCUGUCUCUCCCAGAUCGAGUGCUCUGUCUUCAUAAUCGUUGGAAAAUUCUCUAUGCCGGUCUGGCCAAUGGCUCUGUGAUCACCUUCAGUCUUAGGAACAAUAAGCAGCUGGAUAUGUUUGAGUGCCAUGGCCCACGGGCCGUAAGCUGCCUGGCGACGGCUCAGGAAGGGGCUCGUCGUAUCCUGCUAGUUGGCUCCUAUGACGCCACCAUCAGCGUUAGAGAUGCUAAGAAUGGCCUAUUGCUGCGUACGCUGGAAGGCCACAGCAAAACUGUGCUCUGCAUGAAGGUGGUGAACGAUUUGGUGUUCAGUGGCUCGAGUGACCAGUCUGUACAUGCACAUAAUAUACAUACAGGAGAACUGGUGAGAAUCUAUAAGGGUCAUAGUCAUGCCGUCACCGUGGUGGCCAUAUUGGGAAAGGUGAUGGUCACCGCAUGCCUGGACAAACUGGUCCGUGUGUAUGAGCUCCAGUCUCAUGACAGACUUCAAGUAUACGGUGGCCAUUCAGACAUGGUGAUGUGUAUGGUCAUCCACAAGAGCAUGAUCUACACAGGCUGCUAUGAUGGGAGCGUGAGAGCUGUUAAAUUGAACCUGAUUCAGAACCACCGCUGCUGGUGGUACGGUUGUACCCUAAUCUUUGGUGUGAUGGAGCACCUGCUGCAGCACCUGCUGAACGACCACACCAGCCCAGCACAGCAAACAUUCAAAUGCCGCUGGAGGAGCUGCGACACGUACUUCACCACGCGCAACGGCUCCAAGCAGGCGGUGCAUUGUCACAUGCAGAAACACGCUGAGGACGACAGUAAAAUGGAGCCAUGAGGGGCCAAUGGAAGAUCACAGACGUAGUCUCCUCUUUUCCCAUAUUGGGAAUGUCUCAUUCAGCCCUCACCAGAGGAGCCCUUUUUUAUAUGACCCAGCAGAUACCAAAAACUGCCACUUAGAUGAUGCCGAUGCCACAGUUUAAAUUAAGAUGGAUGAUUUUAAUCGCUCAGAAAUUGGUAUUAUGUAGUAAACAGAAAAGAGAAAAAAUGUUACCGUUUUUCACACAUAAAGAAGAAAACGUGCCCUUAUCUAAGUGGAUGUGAUUGGUAUCUCUAAGUCUUUUUGAUUUUGUCUCUUCUAUCUGAAGUGUGAACUAUGCUCAGUUCUUUUAUACUGACGUGGCAUUGCUCUGAUGUUCUCCUGGAAGGGAUCGAUGCUUCUACAUGUCUGUCAUCAGCAGAUCUGAGAUUUACUGACCAAACACAAAGAAACUGUGGGAAACGGUUGGGUACCGGGACAGCAACAGAGGUGCGGCAGCUCCCUCAGCAAACACGUGUAGCUCACUGAUGUGUGUGUGCGGUCCGAGUUUAGAGACGUUAUGAUGUGGAGUGAUUUAAGAAAGGCAACUAGUUUUUAGUGUUAUUUUUUUAAUGAAAGACACACCUUUCUCAAGUUGCAUCGUGUUGUCACGGCGAUACAUACUUGACAACGGGGACGCUUUUACAUCUCAUUCUGGUUUCCAAAUAAAAACUAUUUUCGUUUUUUUUUCUGGUGAUUUUAUUUGAUUUUCGUUUUUAAUUGAUCAUUUAAAUAUAGCUGUUUGAGUGGUUGAAUCUAUUUCCUCUCUCUUUUUUAUUUUGGUUUCUCUGUGGUUGCUCAUCAAUGAAGCAAAGUUGACGGAUUCAGGUGUGCUGUGACUCGAGACUGCAGUUGAAAUGUGUUUGCUGUGCUGUUGACAGAGACUGAAACGUGACGGUUGGUGUGCGUAAGCCUUUGAGAACACACAAAUGUGUUUUAUGACAGUGUGUAGAAGAUAAUUUUGUUUUCCAUAUUUUUCUGUAGCGAAGAAGUUAGUUAUAUAUUUUCUUCACAGUAUUUUGUGGUAAUUGUGGAGAUGAGAUUUGUAGUUUUAUGAAAGUACAGGAGGGCCCUCGCACUGGAAAGUACCUGUGUGAGAAUGAAAGUUGUAGGGGCGAUAAACAUGGGAGGUGGUUUUGUGCGGUUGGGUGCGUAUUACUUCACUUCCUGUAAUCCUCAGCCCUAUUACAAACCAAAACCAAACUUUGUGUAACUGCAAACAUUUAUUGACAUCUUAAUAUCCUAACAUGGUUUCUGAUGUUAGAUUUUAUAUGGAGUUACAGCACUAUCUCCUGUCAGUUGAACCCAACCUGAAGUGUUGGUCACUCUAGGGUUUCUUUUUGUUAGCUUAUAUCAUAUUGGAUGGAGAUACAGCUUGUUUUUCCACCCAGUCAUAGCCUUUGAAAUGCGUCUCAGCUCUUUGCUAUAGUUGUGUGUUGCUGAGGAGAGAUGGCAGCCAACCUCUUACCCGGUAUUCCCAAGUUUCUCACACUUGUUGAUCUCAAAUACUAUUAAAUCUUUAUAGACAUUUUGUACACACGCUAUUGAAACAAACAGAAUUAAAAAAAGAUAAAUACACAUAACUGUG